UGUCUCUCUCUCUCUCUCUUUCCUCCUACUUUAACUUUUUUUCUGCUCACUGCUCACUGCAUACUACCAUUUUACUGUUUUUUACUUUCUCCCUUUGUUUCGUUUAUCUGACACCAUGGGUGACAUGGGACAGGCUCGUAUAUCUAACAGCGUGAAUAACAUAGCACGCAUGCUCAGCAGUCUUGCGCUCGAUGAUGACAUGGAUAUCAAUCUAUUCAACUCUCUGCAAACUGCGAUGCACGGACAACACUUCGGAGGCGAACGACGCUCCUGUACGGUGUUUGCAUCUUCGUUUUCAAUGGGAUACAUGGCUUCGGAAACCACCUUCGUCCGGCAAUGGUCCACACAAACGAACGUCCGAUUCAGCUACAACUACAACACCCGUUUGGUGACCAUCUAUUUCGGACACGCAGGGCACACAUACAAGGUCGAGUUCAAGCUCAAUACAUUAAACAACAACGGUGAAAUCGUUGUCGAAGAUAUUGACACGAGCGGCAACCAAGCGGCGCUCACAAUGAUGCUCAAGCACCCGGGCCGAUUCUGGCUAGAGUGGUCUAGAAACGGGCGUAAAGAAAGUGCUUGGUAUCGUGUGGUUGAUCUCGACAGUGGUGUCUCUUCUCAUGUCGCUCUAAUCGGGACUGGAUACAAUGGGCCGCCAUCCUCGCCCUUGCCGUCAUCAUCAACGGCCGCUACAGCCAAUCCACUCGGCAAAUGGACCGCUUAUCGAGUGACGUUUACGCUCCACAUGUCUACACAUACAAAAGCCCGAACGUGUUACAAAACAUUAAUCAGGAAACUUGUUGAACACAAGGCCAUCCCACGGGGUCCAAUUACGCCCGGUGUCAAAAUUGGAGUCGAGCAUGAUCCAUUGUCGACACACCCAUCAUUAUCAUCGUCAGCACCGUCAUCACAGUCAAGAGUCGGUCAUGAUGAACGCUAUAACCGAAUCAAAAACUUUGAGGCGUUUUACACACUCGAGAGUUUUAUUUCGAGCUACCGUCUAAAUGAAAACGCGCUGACCGAAGACUUUUACACAAUUCUGUGCCGGCUACCACCGUUUGUCGCCAUCGAUGCACUCAAGCUCAUGUGCUAUAGAGAAGACGAGCGGGUAUGGCACCCACUUGAAAAACUCCAAGAACUUGUGCAAAAGCAAUCGACGUUAGGCCUCGGCCAUCUCCGAGGGCGCCGCCGGCGCAGAAGCCACAUCACAUAUGUUUACAAGGUCAUGGUGACACCAACAACCUUUGUGCUCGAGCUCCCACAACCGGAAAUGUCCAACCGCGUGGUUCGACAUUUCAGGCGCUACGAUGAUCGGUUUUUACGGGUCACGUUUGUUGAGGAAGGGUUGGGGACGUUGAUGAAUACGGCAUCCACGCGACACUUGAUUAGUGAAAAAUUGUUUGACAGGAUCCUCAAAAUCAUCAGGGACGGGAUUCGCAUCGGGGAUCGUUACUAUGAGUUUUUGGCGUUCUCGAGUUCGCAACUGAGAACCCAUGGAUGUUGGUUUUUCUCGUCGACGACCAUGGAGGAGGAUGGUAGCUUGUUGGAUGCAAACAGGAUUCGUCAGUGGAUGGGAAAUUUUCGGAAUGAGCGGGUGGUUGCUAAACAUGCCGCGCGUAUGGGUCAGGUAAAGAAAAAGACUGGUUUCUAAGAUGAGAAUGCAUGCAGGGGGAGGCAUUGUUAGGGGAACAGUGGUCCCCCCGUUAAGAUCACCCUCAUCUUUUUCAGCCCUCAUUGAGACCCCCUUCGAGGUUGAUCCUAACGGGGGACCACUGUAUCAGUUCGCCUUUAAUUGGUAACGCUUAUGUACUUUCA